AUGGACGAUGAAGACAUGAGCUGCACGUCCGGCGAUGAUUACGGUGGAUAUGGGGAUGAAGACUACUACAACGAAGCCGACGUAGACGCCGCCGAUGACGUGGAAGUCACACCGACGCAUUCAGAAGAAGCAGAGUACGAGUGUCUCACUGUUAGUCAGGUAAACCGCUUAAUCCUCAUUAAUCAUGAGCAAUCCCCAAAAAAAUCGGAUUUCCAGGUCGAACGGGUAUUCCUUGACGGAAUGAAUCAGCUGACUGCACGAAUUCCGGUAAACGAUAAAUGCGCUAGAACACUUUUAGAAGCAAAUCAAUGGGACGUCGAGAGAGUUGUGAAGUUGUAUCGGCAGGAUCGAACGGAUCUCUUUAGAAGAAGUCAUAUCGAUGCACGACCCGAACCGAAACGGAAACUAUCGGCGACUUCGGGAGUGAAAGCAAAGGGUUACUGUACUGUGUGUGCAAUGGAAGGACAUGCAGAAUUGCCACAUUUGGCAUGUGGACACUGUUUUUGUGAGCAUUGUUGGAAGAGUCAUGUCGAAUCCAGCGUUCGAUGCGGUGCUGACUACCACGCUCCCACAUCCUGCGACACCAUUAGACAAUGGAUGACAAAGUGUGCGGAUGAUAGUGAAACUGCGAAUUACAUCAGUGCACACACCAAAGACUGUCCCCAGUGUCAUAGUUGUAUUGAGAAGGCCGGAGGUUGUAAUCAUAUUCAAUGUACCAGGUGUCGACAUCAUUUCUGUUGGAUGUGUUUUGGUGACUGGAAAAGUCACGGAAGCGAAUACUACGAGUGCAGUCGAUACAAAGAGAAUCCAUCGGUUGCUGCCGAGGCGAAUCAUGUGAAAGCUCGGCGAGCUCUCGAGAAAUAUCUCCAUUAUUUCGAACGAUUUGAGAAUCACUCGAAAUCGCUGAAGAUGGAAGAGGAGUUGAGGGAUAAGAUUCGAAAGAAGAUUGAUGAUAAGGUAAACGAGCACAACGGAACAUGGAUCGAUUGGCAGUAUCUCCACAAAUCAGUGUCAUUGCUCACAAAAUGUCGUUACACGCUACAGUACACCUACCCGUUCGCUUAUUAUCUGACCGGUAGUCCUCGCAAGAAUUUGUUCGAAUACCAACAAGCCCAACUGGAAAAGGAGGUCGAGGAGCUGGCGUGGGCCGUCGAACGAGCCGAUGGAACCGCCCGAGGAGCCCUCGAAGCCCAUAUGCACCGUGCCGAACACAAACGACAGACGCUUCUUCACGAUUUCUUCUUCUAG